UGUUUCUUUCUCCUCCACCUCACAUGCUUCCACUCUCUCAAAAGGAGCAAACUUUCAUUUCGUUUGCUUUUCCCGCACUAGCUAGGACAUUUCCCAAAUUUCAACUCUUCUUUCAUUUCAAUUUCCCUUCUUUUCAGUUUUUCUUGUGUGGGUUUCCUUUGAAAUUCAGUCUAAGCAGUGCUCCUUUUAUGCUACUGCUGGACACAUUCAACUCUCAUGGCUCUGCUGCUGCUGUUCUUCAUGCUGUCACUCUCAAUUUCUGCAUCUGGGUCUGGGGAUGCAUUUAUUGGUGUCAACAUUGGUGUAGAUAUAACUGACGUGCCAGGUCCAACAGAGAUUGUUGCUCUUCUGAAGGCUCAAGGUAUCCAACAUGUGAGACUCUAUGAUGCUGACCGAGACUUACUUCGUGCACUUGCCAAGACAGGAAUCCGUGUAACUGUUUCUGUUCCCAAUGACCAGUUACUUGGCAUUGGUCAGUCCAACGCGACUGCAGCAAACUGGGUUAAUCGAAAUGUCAUAGCUCAUAUCCCUGCUACUAACAUCACUGCCAUAUGUGUUGGAUCUGAGGUUCUAACUACUCUCCCAAAUGCAGCCCCUAUUCUAGUCUCUGCCAUAAAUUUCAUUCAUUCUGCUCUUGUUGCGGCUAAUCUAGAUCAGCAAAUUAAAGUCUCUAGUCCGCACUCUUCUUCUAUCAUCCUUGAUUCUUUCCCUCCUUCCCAGGCAUUUUUCAACCGUACAUGGAAUUCAGUCAUGGUUCCCAUGCUUAAAUUUUUGCAAUCAACAGGUUCAUAUCUUAUGCUCAACGUGUAUCCAUAUUAUGAUUACCAGCAGGCCAAUGAUGCAAUCCCACUAGAUUAUGCUUUAUUCCGCCCCCUACCUCCAAAUAAGGAAGCUGUUGAUUCCAACACUCUGCUGCAUUAUACUAAUGUUUUUGAUGCAGUUGUUGAUGCUGCUUAUUUUGCAAUGUCCGAUUUGAACUUCACCGAUAUCCCUAUUGUGGUGACUGAGUCAGGAUGGCCCUCCAAAGGUGAUUCAUCUGAACCUGAUGCAACUGUUGAUAAUGCCAACACUUACAACAGUAACUUGAUCAGACACGUCCUUAACAAUACGGGGACUCCUAAACAUCCUGGAAUUGCAGUUAGCACCUAUAUUUAUGAGCUUUAUAAUGAAGACUUAAGAUCCGGUCCAUUCUCAGAAAAGAACUGGGGGCUAUUUUAUGCCAAUGGAGAACCGGUGUAUACCUUACACUUGACUGGUGCCGGUACUAUUUUUGCAAAUGAUACAACAAACCAAACCUUUUGUGUCGCAAAGAGUAAUGCUGACUCUAAGAUGUUACAGGCAGCACUUGAUUGGGCUUGUGGACCGGGAAAGGUGGAUUGUUCCCCUUUGCUGCAGGGUCAAACAUGUUAUCAACCGGAUAAUGUAGUUUCACAUUCUACGUAUGCUUUCAAUGCAUACUAUCAGAAGAUGGAUAAAUCGCCGGGUAGUUGUGAUUUCAAAGGCGUUGCAUCUAUCACUACCACAGACCCAAGUCACGGUUCUUGUAUAUUUCCUGGAAGUCAUGGGAGAAAGGGAACCCGGAUAAAUGGAACAUCACUGGCACCAUCUAAUUCCACAAGUUCGGGAUACUUGCUACAAUAUAACUCCAACGGUGGAUUUUUCACAAGCUCGUUGGGUCUGAUUGUUCUACUUUUAUGUGCAUUUAUGUAGAGAACUGAAUAUAUAAAUUAAUGGAGGCAUUCUCUUCAACUUUUUUAUGCAAGAUUACAUCGCAACAUACCUUAUUUAGAGUUCCUUCUAAAAAUUAUUUGAGUUGUCCAGUUGAUCAACAUGUAUAUCAGCAAUUGUAAUGAGUUGUCCAUUGAAUUUUGUACAAACAGACAGUAAUUAUUUGAUAUCGUUGCUGUACGCAUUGUUUCUUUUUGAAUAACAAUUUUAUUCUUUGAAUU